AUGGUAGCCUCGCCCACGCACUCAACAGUGGGAGCGCUGCAGAGCGCUCUGUCAAGAGACACAGCUGUUCCCGCAGCAGGGCAGCAAGCAGCCACGGAAGGAGGGGGACUGUCAGGCCACUGUCCACCUCGGCCAAUCAUUUUCGCCCCAGCCUGCAGACCUUAAAUCGGAAAAUAUUCGCCUGUAGAAAGUUUCCAGGAAACUUUCUUAACUCAAAAUCUGUUUCCAUAUUCCAUUAAAUUUGGAGCCCCAGUCUCAAACUGUGUUGUUGUUGUUGUUGUCUUCACAUGAAACCGUAUGUCAGUUGCUAAAUGCCAAAAUCUAGCAAAGACUCUCAUCCCGUGGUCUCGAAAGUGCUAGAGCCAUCUGAGGAUCCAAAGAACACGCACACAUAAAACGAGAAAAAGGCCAAGAGCCCGAAGAGGUACACCUAAAAAUCCCUGCAGCACCGUAUGCGUGCCCAAACACUGAACUGCACGUCCGUCCCACCGUUCGACUACAGCAGUAGCAUCACCCCCUCCCUGUCCCACUCUUUACCAAAACGGAAGAUUGCCGACAAUAGCAUACUGCUGUCUGAAGUGCUGUCUG